UCGUCUACACCCAAUUCACAACAACCGAGCUCCAUCCCGGGUUACCGUCCUGGCCCUUACCUCACCCGCUCCAAGAAGUUCUUCCUUGCCGCCAUUGUCUUCAUCCCCGUAGCCUCUUACCUAUGGCUGCGACGGCUCGAGUCGCAAUCCCGCGAACGCACGAGACUACUCGAGGAAGAAGGCCGGCGGAACUGGAUCCAGGCCGAGAAGGAAAAGCAGAGAUACCUGGCGAGCAGGAAAGACAGAGAUCUGAGCGUCGCCGUGGGAAGGAGUGGU